UAUAAAUACACAUCCUGAAACCUUGCUAAUAAUGACAAUUACAAAACUUUAAAGUAACUUUUCCUGUUGAAAUAACAUUGUGCUUACUUUUUUAACUAAUUAAUGUCUGCAAAUAUGUACGAGAUCUGUGAAUCCCCCAACUUCAUGUGGUCAAAUCAACAUUGUUUGGGUGAAGGUGCAACAGCAACAGUUUACCAGGGAGUGAGCAAGUUGAGUGGCGACUCGGUAGCAGUGAAAUGUUAUAAAAGAUAUAUAACUCAGCCAGAAUGUCAACUACGAGAGUUUGAAAUGAUGAAAAAAAUAAAACACGAAAAUAUUGUCAAAUUGAUUGCUGUCGAAGAAAACCUAGCGGACAGAAAAAAAGUUUUAAUUACAGAGUUGUGUAAUGGAGGAAGUUUAUUAACAGAUUUAAUGGAUCCUAAAAAUACCUUCGGAUUAGAGGAGUCCGAGUUUCUUUUGGUCUUAAGGCAUCUCUAUGGUGGAAUGAAAUAUUUGAGAGACAAUAAUAUAGUUCAUAGGGACUUAAAACCAGGAAACAUUAUGAAGUGUAUUCAGGAAGAUGGCACAAAUAUAUACAAACUUACUGACUUUGGAGCGGCAAGGGAACUGGCGGAAAGUGAGACAUUUCAAUCGUUAUGUGGGACACCACAAUAUCUUCAUCCAGACGUUUAUGAGCGAGCCAUACUAGGCAGAGGAGCUAAUAAAAAGUUCAAUUCGUCCGUUGAUUUGUGGUCGAUAGGGGUCACUUUGUACCAUAUCGCGACAGGAAUAUUACCUUUCAUUGCUUAUAACGGUUACAAACAUAAAGAAACAAUGCACUAUAUUACAACGAAGAAAGAGAGUGGUGUUCUAUCAGGAAUACAAAUUAGGGAAAAUGGGCCGAUUACAUGGAGUCGAACAUUGCCAGACACGUGUUUCUUAAGUGACGUUCUAAAGGAGAAUAUAACACCGAUAAUUGCAGGUGUUGUUGAAGCAAAUCUCUGUAAAAUUUGGGGAUUUGAAAAAUUUUUCAACGAGGUAGAUAUUUUGCUGUCACACAUCGUGUUACAUAUUUUUUAUGUAAAUAAGGCCAAGCUAAUAAAAAUAUAUAUGCUACCGGAGCAGAGAUAUAAAGAUUUAGAACAGUAUAUAACGAAAGAAACUGGUAUUGAGGGUGUUAAUCAACUUUUAUUACAUAAAAGUAAUUCCCUUCAAAAUUAUGUCGAAGAGUUUACUGGAGUAUGUGAAUAUCCAAAAACAAGUGAAGACCAUCCACUAUUUUUAUUUAAUAAAGAGAAUGAAGGUUUCACUAUGGCAUCUCUUCAGAUACCAACGUGGGUAGAUUUUCCCACUAAUAUAUCUAUACAGCAUGACAUAGAACAAGCAACAACUGCUUGCUCUAUUGGUUACUAUUGCAAACGACAGAUCGAUAAAUAUUCUCUUUACUGUAAACUUAUUAAUGACUCCGUUGAAAGCUUGAUUGAGUACAUCGAUAAAGACUUAAAAUACAUACAACUAAAGGCACAACAUUUGUUUGACAAAGUAGGUGUUUAUAAAAAAACUGGUAGAAUAUUACAGUUUUUCUGGCAAAUAAAUAAGUCCAACAAUAACAGUGAUAGUAAACUAGAGAAUAUGAGCAAGGAAUUCACAGCAGUGACGGAGUUAGUUGCCCAAUCAUAUAACUUGCAAUGCUUUGAAAAUACUAUAAAAUCAAACUGGGACUCCACAAUCAAAAACCUUAACUGUCCUGUUAAAACAUGUGCUUCUACCAGAGGGAAAACGCAAAUUGAAGAAUUGCGAAAAUCCUGGCAAUAUUUUACAAAGCAGCCAAUAAUCCCACAUCUGUCUUGUAGUAAAAGCCAGUGGCAUAUAUUGGAAAGAAAUAGAGUCAGGCAAAGACUCAAUAAUAUAAAAAUAUUGUUAGAAAAAGAAACCUUUCCUCACUAUCAACAAGCGGCUAAAAGUUUUGAAAAUUGGUAUUUGUCCACUCAAAAUAUGUGUUUCAAAAUAAAUGUUUUGAGGUCUGAUAUCAACAACUAUGAAAAAAAGUUGAAAGAUUUUGAAAACGAAUUAACUCUUGUUUACGAUAACUACAUGAAAAAUAAGGACCAACUGUUUAGGAACAAAGUGAAAGCUGAAAUAAUAAAGAAAAUUAAACAUUGUGAAUUACACCUAGGAGAUAGCUUCAAUAAUAAGGAGAAUUUUGAUGAAAUACUUUCAGAAAAUAUGAGGCUAAUGAGAAAAAUUAAGGACUUCAAGUGUGUAGAACUAUAAGUUUGUUAUACGCUUCGUUAGAAAGAUAUAGGAUAAAAAUAUUUUUAAUUUUUUUAAAUAAUUUAAAAACUAGUAAGUGAAAUAAUUUGAAA